UCCAGAACACUUGCCCAAGAUUCUGAUGGAAGCUCAACUAAUAGUGGAGGUCGGAAAAGAGAAGAAGACCAGGUACCGGAGUUACCAGCGAGGAGCCCUGAUUCUAGGGGUGGUCUUCUUGAUGUUAACGCUGGGCAUCUUCAGCCUCAGACACUUCUGGAGCCCAAGUCUGGCGAGGGUGUACGACCAACAUUACAAGGCCAUGCUGGACGGUAUGGAGACAGACAGUAUCAUGGAGAUUGACCCCGCCCACCGCAUUGAGAUCUUCAGGAUGGGGAACGGCAGUGAUGAGGUGCUCGAGGUCCACGACUUCAAACAUGGAAUCACAGGGAUCUGGUUCGCCAAACACCAGCGGUGUUACAUCAAGACCCAGACCACAGAGCUUCCCAAAGUGACAGAGGUGGUGACAGUGGACACAGAGCUACUGGUGGGUGAGACAGAGGGCAUAGACAUGCAGGUGAUGGAGGACUCCCAGGUGUGGGUGCCUGCCGAGGAGCCCAUCGCUAACCCAGCCUUCCUCCUCAACUCCAAGAUCUGGGAGAUAUGCCAGGAGCUGCCCAUCCACUGGAUCCAUCCCUCCCCCAUGAGAGAGGCUGAGUUCCACGAGGUGGAGGAUGAGGAGGACAUACCUGAUGCUGAGGUCAGAGGUAACCGCGUCGCUCGUGACGUCCUGGACCAGGUUCCUGUCAACGACUACAGAGACAUUGGAGUUGAGCUGGAUAACCGUCUGGAUGACCAUGGCUACUGCUGCCAGCACUGUCGUCGUGGUUACCGCUACUGCCAGCGCUACUACGAGCCUCUGGGAGGGUUCAACCCCUACCCCUACUACUACCAAGGAGGACGUGUCAUCUGUCAGAUCAUCAUGCCCUGCAACUGGUGGAUAGCCCGUAUGCUCGGGAGGAUCUGAUUGGAUAGUGGAACUGGAUUCAACUAUGUUUCAGCACAAAUGACAGGUGCAUUCAUUUAAGGCUGGAUUUACACUGCAGUAGGCUUAGUGUCUCAGCAACCGCAAAGAGACUUUAGUGCAUGCCAGAAGGAUAAGUGACAUUUUGCUUUUGUGAACACUUGGUAGAGUGUAAACCCAGCCUAGGCCCACCCGGGGCACCAGGUGGGUGAAGUUUGCACAUUUGAGACAAUUACAUUGGUCCUAAGGUGCAAACUCCGCCCAACUGGAUCAUUCGGUGAGGUAAAAUGAAUGCACCCCUUGCUACUCCCCAAUUAGUAUUGCAAAGCCUUUGUGAUAUCAAAACAUUUCUAGUAUACAAUUAUUACCCAUCCUAUCUUUGAAAAUAAUCAAAUCUACUGUCAGUCUCUCAUAAGUCUAAAUGAAGUUUUGGGAGCAUCUAGGUGAUUUCUCUAAAAGGCCUUGAUGCGUCAUCGGUAUGCUGAAGUGCAAUUUUUCUUUCAACAUAUUAAAUAUUUUUUAAAGAAUUUGUAACAGUAGCUAAAGAGCUAGUUUUGGCUGUUUCUCAAGGUGCUGCAUUUCUUUCUCAUUUCAUUUCCUUCUUAAUCUUUUUUAUCGGUGGCGUGUAACCGACUUUCUCUUGCUGUGUGGAGCAGACCUGGGUUCAAAUAGUAUUUGAUUUCUUUCAAAUACUUUGAGCUUUUGAUUGAGCUUUCCUGGAGUGCUAGAUCGAUCAGGGUUUGCAUUUUUGGUACUAUCCCGGUGGUCCAAUCGCACAAGACAAACACAGCUAAAGUAUUUGAAAGAAAACAAAUACUAUUUGAACCCACGUCUGCUGUGGCCUAUGACAACCAACAAUGUAUUUUAUGUAGAACAUACUGAAGUGCUGUAGCCUGCUCACUCUGUCAAGAGCAUUUAACCCUUUCUAGACUAAAAAUAAUAUAUGUCCUAUUUUUUGUGAAUGAUCUGUUUUGACUAUUGUUUACUACAAUUAGCAUGUUUAACUUGAAAUAUAUAUGUAUUGAUGAGGAGGUAUAUAAAUACAUAGAAAAAAACUAUCAGAAUGAGUCGACUAAUUAUAAUAAAGCAGCGGCUAUAGAUAUGCUUAAUUCUUCUAAUUCAACUUGCCAUUCUUUAUUUGAUGUAAAGUCAUUAUUGUUAUUUUAAGCAGCAUUGUUUUAACUGUAAUGGCUGUAAAUGACAUAAUUAUGCCACAGCUCAAUUACCAUUAUGUAAUGUUAUCUGCAAAUUUUUCUCCGUUGCUCAAUAGCUCACAGUAAUCAUGCUCUAAACAGUGAUUCUACCGGCAUAGAUAGGCCUACAACCAUACGAGAUACUGUAUGAUGGUUUGACAUGCUUAAGUUAUUAUCAAUUACAUGCAAUUAAAAUGUAUUUUGAAACUAAAAUACAUCUAAUGCUACUCAUAUCAAGAUAAAGAACUGACUUCUUGUGAGUCUUAAUUUGCAUUCAAAGUUACUACGGCAUCCAUAUUAGGACGUUUUGUCUGAUAACUAAUAUAAUGGUUUCACCUGACAACUGAGGAACUUCCUAAUAUGGAUGCCAUAUUCAGGUUUCUACUGGCUGAAAUUCCAACAUUGGUGGAAAAAAGUCCAAUAUCAUACAUUCAAAUGGUCCAAUGCUGCAGUUCACACAUCUAUUAACCUUUGAGGGUCAAUCUAUGACAUGUCCUGACUCCAAAAUGUAUUGAUUAAGUCAUAUGCCACUUUGCUUCAAAAGUCAUUAUACAUCUUUUGUACUCCCUGACGAAGGCCAUGCAGCCGAAACGCGUCGGUUUUUAAAAACUUUGUUUCUAUUGAACAUGCCAUACUAAUAAAGGCAUUUUAAUUAA